AUGAUUCAGGACUCAAGUACAGUUGUUGAACUAGCUUCCCCAUCCAUUUCCGCUCGCUUCAUUUUGCCUACCUCUGUUGAUCCAGAAACCGCUGCUGCUGGGGUUGCUCAUUUCCUGAUGGCAGACCUUACUGUAGGUAGCAGCUCAUCUACAUUGGCUGAUGCCUCGUUAGAUGAUGGUGGACCAUGGUUGCGUGCCUGCACUAGGAGACGCCGAGAAAAGUCGGGUGCUAAACUAAAACCCGUGCUCCGUUGCUCGACAGCACAACGACCUGAUGGCCGCCGACCUCCAGCGGGACUUUCUGACCUUGUGGAAGACGAUGACAUCGAAACUUUGAAAUCGAAAUUUGCCUCAACCCGAGCCUACUUCCUGAACUCAGAUAACGGCACUCACUUUUUGGACACGCUACUAGCUGAUCUUCGUGAAGCUUUCUGUGACAUACCCCUGGAUGAACGAGAUAGUAUAGAUGUCCUUUGUCUGGGCCUAGGCAAUCCCGCUGUGGAUCGUGCAAGUUUGCGACAGUUGGCUGUAUUGGAUCUGCUAAUUGAACGAGAUCCCCGUUUAACUCGGUCCCGCACACAACUCUACGACCCAGUUUUUAGAUCCGUAUCGCGUCAGUUCAUUCACCAUUUAGGUAUGAAAGUUAUUCAACGUAACGAAGAAGCCUGUUACCAGUUGGACCCCAAUCGCCAUCAUUUGGUCAUACUACCCCAUUGUGCCCCAGUUUUGAUCAACAACCUGUUGUUCACCAAUUGGACUCUGGAUGUGAUCAGCCGUUUGGUACUGUUCUCCAAUGGUUGGAAGCAAGUUCGGUGUGAACUACUGGCGUCUGGAGAACCGGAGAGUUUGAUCGCAGAGGAGCUGGUUUACAUUCAUACCCUGGAACCUCUCGUCACCGUAGGCUGUUGCAACUGUCCGGUGCGAGCGAAACGGCGUGGCGGUUCCAAGAGGACUGAAGAGUUCGACUUUGAGGGAAUGCGUGUACAGUGGUUCCGUCGCACGAACCUGCUGAGUCUUCCCUCAGGAACAUGGACCAUCCGGUCCCCCAAUAAAUCAGGACAUUCCUCGAAUUCGACAGAAGGAUCGGAUCUGGUACAUCCGAAGACCGUUGCCAGAAAUGAUCGAUUUUAUGCUGACCUCAUUGACCAGCAAACAGUCUCUCAUUUUGUCGAUACAUUGUCGGCUGAAUAAAAUUUUG